UCUAAAGUCCAGCCAGAGCAUUGCCCGGACGCCCCCGAGAAGCAGCGGGGCAGGCGGCGCUCUCUCGCUCGCUCGCCCAAGGUCACGGGUGGUUGUGCAGAGUCAGGAGACGCUCGGGCCGACUGGCUGCCAGUCCCGCCCCGGCGUCGCUGUUCGGAACAAACUGUUUUGGCCAGCCUGUAAAAUCCCUGGAAAUCGACUAUUCCAGCAGAGUCCUGAACUAAGAAAGCACCAAAUGUUCUGCUCAAGACGUGAAGUUGAGGGACAAACAAGUUAGACCUGAGGCAGAGCCCAGAAAGAGGAGACGUUGCAGGAGGAAGUUCAACAGAAGAGAAGAAGACAACGAACUUUGAAUUUCUACACAUGAGUUCACCGUCUCCAAAUUUUUCUUAAGCCUCUGCAUCUUACACCCCUUGCCGAUGAGCGCAGGAGACCAGAUGAGUAGGAGAGCUGGUUUACCAACUUCUCCAGAACCUAAGUGGAGGCGCGUGGGGGACACACAGAGCCUGAGGGAUCUGAGCUAGAACUCAGAAGACAGGGAACGUCAUUUUUCCUCCUCGGUGACAUUAUUACAAAUGAAGAAACUGAGGGUUGAGAAAGUCAAGUCACUCAACUCAAGGUCACUCAGCCAAUAAGUGGUGGACUUAGGACGAACCCAGAAUCAUAUCAGAUAAUGAUUUGCUGUGAUCUUGCUGGUACUGAACUCUUACCUGCAAGUACACCACCAGUCCAGAAACCGUGGAACACUGACAGCACUUUGUUGAAAGGAGGCAAAUGAGUGAGAAGGCUAGCAGAGGAUUCGGAAGAAGAUUUUCAAACUGUGAUCCUGUUUCAACUUGAUGGAGAACACUGAGGUAUGAAAGCAUUACAUCAUUGUCUCAACAUCACACAGGAAGUGUUUCUGUUGGAAUUUGCACGCCGGCAAUUUAAUUUCACAGCCUGUACUUAACCACUUUUUUAUACUGCUUUCCUUCUCUAUGUUUUUGGCGGUGAAUAUGAGAAGAUAAUUUUGAGCGCAUUAUGGCACGACGAUAAAUGAUGUGGAAUCUAGAAAUCAAAGACGUGGAGUCCCUGCCCUUGUGGAACCCUUGGACAGGACGGAAAGUCUGAAAAGAAUAUUAGUGAUUAGGAUGCGGAAUAUCAGGGACUAUGAGAAAGGAAUGAAUAAUUACAAAAGACCUCACGAAGCCUCCCCAGAGAAGAACGGGAAGCAAGAAAACACAAGAAAACACAGCAUUGUGAAACAGGAGCACAAAGCCACUAGGAGAGAACGAGCCAAGAUGAGACUGUGAAAUGGCUCCAGGAGGCACUUCCAGCGACAGGCAGAAGUGUGUGGAUGUGCUGGACCAAACCUGAAACGUUUGUCCCUUCAACCCGUCAUCCUUCGUUAAGUCAGCUGGCAGCUAAGACUCUCUGACAGGACACCGCCACGAUGCCACCCAAGAAAGUGCAAAUUCAAGUGGAGGAAAAAGAAGAUGACACAGAAGAAAGUUCAAGUGAAGAGGAAGAGGAGGAGGAAGAUAAACUACCUCGAAGGGAGAGCUUGAGACCAAAGAGGAAACGGACUAGAGACGUUAUCAAUGAGGACGACCCAGAACCUGAACCAGAGGAUGAAGAAACAAGGAAGGCCAGAGAGAAGGAGAGAAGGAGGAGGCUGAAGAGAGGAGCGGAUGAAGAAGAAGAAAUUGAUGAAGAGGAAUUGGAAAGACUGAAAGCAGAGUUAGAUGAGAAAAGACAAAUGAUUGCUACUGUCAAAUGCAAGCCUUGGAAAAUGGAGAAGAAAAUUGAAGUUCUCAGGGAAGCAAAGAAGUUUGUGAGUGAAAAUGAAGGAGCCCUUGGGAAAGGGAAAGGAAAGCGGUGGUUUGCAUUUAAGAUGAUGAUGGCCAAGAAAUGGGCAAAAUUUCUUCGUGAUUUUGAAAACUUCAAAGCCGCUUGCAUCCCAUGGGAAAAUAAAAUCAAGGCAAUUGAAAGUCAGUUUGGCUCAUCUGUGGCCUCAUACUUCCUCUUCUUGAGAUGGAUGUAUGGAGUAAACAUGGUUCUCUUCAUCCUGACAUUCAGCCUCAUCAUGUUGCCAGAGUACCUCUGGGGUUUGCCAUAUGGCAGUUUACCUAGGAAAACAGUUCCCAGAGCUGACGAGGCAUCUGCAGCAAACUUUGGUGUGUUGUACGACUUCAAUAUGAACAUGGUCAUGUCCCUCCUGGGGAUGUUCUGUCCAACAUUGUUUGACUUAUUUGCUGAAUUGGAAGACUACCAUCCCCUCAUCGCUCUGAAAUGGCUACUGGGGCGCAUUUUUGCUCUACUUUUAGGCAACUUGUAUGUAUUUAUUCUUGCCUUGAUGGAUGAGAUUAACAACAAGAUUGAAGAGGAGAAGCUGGUAAAGGCCAAUAUUACCCUCUGGGAAGCCAACAUGAUCAAGGCCUACAAUGCAUCACUCACUGGAAAUAGCACUGGGCCACCUUUCUUUGUGCACCCUGCAGAUGUACCUCGAGGACCCUGCUGGGAAACAAUGGUGGGGCAGGAAUUUGUGCGGCUGACCGUUUCUGAUGUUCUGACCACUUACGUCACCAUCCUUGUUGGGGACUUUCUCCGGGCAUGUUUUGUGAGGUUUUGCAAUUAUUGCUGGUGCUGGGAUUUGGAAUAUGGAUAUCCCUCAUACACUGAAUUCGACAUCAGCGGCAAUGUCCUCGCUCUGAUCUUCAACCAAGGCAUGAUCUGGAUGGGCUCCUUCUUCGCCCCCAGCCUCCCAGGCAUCAAUAUUCUCCGACUCCACACAUCCAUGUACUUCCAGUGCUGGGCCGUGAUGUGUUGCAACGUCCCCGAGGCCAGGGUCUUCAAAGCUUCCAGAUCGAACAACUUCUACCUGGGCAUGCUGUUGCUCAUCCUCUUCCUGUCCACCAUGCCCGUCCUGUACAUGAUUGUAUCCCUCCCGCCAUCUUUCGACUGUGGCCCCUUCAGUGGCAAAAAUAGGAUGUUCGAAGUCAUUGGAGAAACACUGGAGCAUGAUUUCCCAAGCUGGAUGGCAAAGAUCUUGAGACAGCUUUCUAAUCCUGGACUGGUCAUCGCUGUCAUUUUGGUCAUGAUCUUGACCAUCUAUUAUCUCAAUGCUACUGCAAAGGGCCAGAAGGCAGCAAAUCUGGAUCUGAAAAAGAAGAUGAAGCAGCAAGCUUUGGAGAACAAAAUGCGCAACAAGAAAAUGGCAGCUGCCCGAGCAGCUGCGGCUGCUGGUGGCCAUUGACUUUCAGAGACACGCUGGGACCCAGAAAUGCUCGUCACCUUGCGGUGUAAAAGCAAUGACUCAUGUAAAGGGCAAGAACACAAGCAUUGUGAAGUUGCUGCUCCCCCGUUCUAAUUCCCGUGGAUUGUCAAGGUCAUGCUGGUCAGUCAAGGCAUCCUCAGUCCUUGUUCAGCAAGGAGGAUCUCCACCUUGUUCCAAAUGAAGGGAUUUGUUCCUGCACCAUGAUGUUCUCCCCUGACUCAUUUCCCUGCAUCUCUUCUAACAAACUGAGUUUAAGAGUGGAUGUGAUUCAGCAAUACAGGUUACUGGUUUACCUUUUGGGUUAAUUAAAAAUACUUUGCUCAUAUGGACUUCCAUGUUAUACACUCAUACGCUCCUUCUGCCUUAGUUUUCUUGGCCUGGGAACAGAGAUAUUUCACCCUUUUUCCCCUUUAGGGUUCGGAAAUAUCUUUAUAAAGUAUUCAUUGUAAUGAUUCAUUAACUCACAGUUUGAAACCAACGUCUUGUUUUCCAUUUUUUUUCCUGUCUCCCCAUCCAGGGCCCCUACAAUUAUACUCACGACUUUCUAUUUGCUGCUGGAUUCAAUAUGAAAAGGAAUGGGUUUUUCAAAGGAAAAUCCUAAGGGAAAUAGGGGUCUAAGUAGCACUGGGUUGAAGGUCUCAGCUUGAGGAGGCAUAUGGGUCUUAGACAACCCACCUCUUUGUGAGUUUAAAAAAAAAAGACAAUUGUACAUGAUUGCAACUCCAUCACACCUGAUCAUGACCUCCAGUGAUCACAUCUCCUGAGUUUAGAUUCUAAUAUUCCAUAAUUUGUCUUGGCUUUUUUGUUAAGAUUGAGAAAACAUACACUUUUAUGGGGGGCUUUAGUUUAUAGUUGUCUUUAAGAAUUAUUUUUAUUUAAUGUUUGAAUUGACUUUGAAGAGAGGCGAUCAGUGCCCUCAGCCAGCCUUGUUGUGUGACUUUAAUGACCUCUGCUCACCCACAGUGUCCUCCAGAGCUAAGCCAAUUUGCCUGCCAUUCCCUGCAAUUGACUUGCUGGUUUUUGUUACCAUGUUUUUGAGUUUUUCCUUCUUCACUCUUGAUCUGGCCAUGAAACGAUCUCCUGUUCCUCUGCCAAUCCACAUGCUCAUCACUUGCCAUGAAACAAAUUCAAGAUGUACUUCUUUUGGUCCAGUUUUCCAGAUUGGCCUCCAUUCCCAAUUGUAUCACUCCUGAUAGGUUUCCUUGGACCCUGUUGUCUUUAAUUCAGAGUCUAUUAUUUAUAUAGGUUUUCCUGUGACUUUUCACAGUUCUUUAUCGUUUCCUGUAUGCGUGGAUCAUCUUUCCUCUCCAGAUUGGAAGCUCCCUGUGAGCAAGGAUCCUACCUGCCAACUCUUUUGUAUGCCUAGUAAGUGUAGUGCUAUACACAGGUAGGCACUGAGUAAAUGCUUGUAAAUGAAAUUGAAUCAAUUUAACUUAGAGCAGCUGCACUGUGAAACAAAAACUUCUGUUAUCUGCACGAAAAAUGUUACUAUGAUGUCAGAAAUGGAAUUAUCUAUUGCU